AAAAUGUUGUACCAUCUAUCUAUAUAAUAAUAAUAAGAGGAAAUCAAUCGUCUCUUCACAAUUCUCAUCAUCCAAUCAGGUGCCUUCCUUGGUCUCAUCUCAGCUUUAGCGUUCGUGAUGCGUCGUUCUGCUGCUGCAUCAUCGAAGAAGAAAUCGGAUUCAAUCACAUCUUCCACCACGGAUCUCUUUCGCUCAGCUUCGAGUAAGGCGACGACUAAAGAGAUGGAUCGAAUAGACCAUUUGUUUAAUCAGUACGCCAACACUUCUUCCAAUCUCAUUGAUCCUGAAGGAAUAGAGGAGCUCUGUUCCAAUUUGGAAGUGCCUCAUACUGAUAUCAGAAUCUUGAUGCUUGCUUGGAAAAUGAAAUCUGAGAAACAAGGCUACUUUACACAGGAGGAGUGGAGAAGAGGCCUUAAGGCUUUAAGAGCUGAUACACUCAAUAAACUGAAGAAAGCCCUUCCCGAGCUUGAGAAAGAGGUUAGGAGGCAAUCAAAUUUUGCAGAUUUCUAUGCUUAUGCCUUCCGCUAUUGCUUAACAGAGGAAAAGCAGAAGAGCAUAGACAUUGAGACUAUAUGUCAACUCCUGGAGAUUGUCAUGGGAUCUACAUUCCGACCCCAAGUUGACUACUUUGUCGAGUAUUUAAAGAUCCAAAACGACUACAAAGUCAUAAACAUGGAUCAAUGGAUGGGCUUUUACAGGUUCUGUAAUGAGAUAAGUUUCCCGGAGAUGACGGAAUACAAUCCAGAGCUUGCAUGGCCAUUGGUUCUCGACAAUUUUGUUGAGUGGAUUCGUGAAAAACAAGCCUGAAAAGCGCUUUUACCUGUGUAUCCGUUUGGUGUUUGCAGGAUCGUUUGUCUCACAACAAACAGAUUCAAGCAGAUUUUUAUUUCAGUUUUCUUCAUAUUGUUUUUAAAAAAAAACACAUUAUAUGAUUUUUGUUACAUGUGAUUAACUUCAAUAGAGGGGAACACACUAUGUUUGAAAUACUA